CUCGUACCCGCCCUAUUUGUCUUCCACCGCCCCCAUCCACUGCAACAUUCAGGCAGGUUCACCUAAUGUUCUCGUGCAGGCUCGGUAACGCCGCUUCUGUGUUGGGAAAUACACGGUGAUUUGGGAGCGUUCCGAGUGUCAAUCAGCAGCCAGACCUCAAGCGACACUUCUACACUACAGACCCUGUAGAACAACACGACAAACAUGGCAGAUCCCAUGAACCAAUCUUCUCAGAUUUCGUCGUCACAAGGCCUUAACGAUGGACAUUCUGCAUCGUCCAAAGACUCGAAGUUUUCCGAUUCCUUUUUUUCUUCGCCUGUAUCUCUCAUUCAGUCUCCUCAAGACAAAAGAGUGGUACUGGGCUCUGACAAACCUUCAGAGAAUUUGGCCACAUCUCUUCGCUUUUCUUCUCAGUCAAGUUCCUUUUCAUCAGUUGCUUAUGGAAUUGACUCUUCACCUGGUGACAACAUAGAUCAUACCAUCAAAGAGAAACGGGAGCUUUUUGAGUCAUCUUUUGGCUUUCAAAAGCAGGACUCCCCUAUAAAGACAUCCCCAGUGUCUGAGAGAAUCAAAGCACUAGAAGCUUUAGCUGCAAAGCAGAAUGAUUUUGAUAGAAAUGAUGGGGGGUUUCCACAUUUUAAAGAGCGUCACUACGAGAAGUCCCCUACUGAAACACAUGGAAUUUCCUCCCGCUUGUCCUUCCAGAAAAGGACAAUAUCAAAUGAGCAGGAAUCUUCAGAAUUACCCUUUCAGAAAAGGAAAAUGUCAAGUGAGCGGGAAUCUUCAGAAUCACCCUUUCAGAAAAGGACCAUGGCAAAUAAGCAGGAAUCUCCAGAAUCACCCUUUGAGAAAAAGACCAUGUCAAAUGAGCAGAAAUCUCCAGAAUCACCCUUUGAGAAAACGACCAUGUCAAAUGAGCAGAAAUCUCCAGGAUCACCCUUUGAGAAAACGACCAUGUCAAAUGAGCAGAAAUCUCCAGGAUCACCCUUUGAGAAAAAGACCAUGUCAAAUGAGCAGAAAUCUCCAGGAUCACCCUUUGAGAAAACGACCAUGUCAAAUGAGCAGAAAUCUCCAGGAUCACCCUUUGAGAAAACGACCAUGUCAAAUGAGCAGAAAUCUCCAGGAUCACCCUUUGAGAAAACGACCAUGUCAAAUGAGCAGAAAUCUCCAGGAUCACCCUUUGAGAAAACGACCAUGUCAAAUGAGCAGAAAUCUCCAGAAUCACCCUUUGAGAAAAAGACCAUGUCAAAUGAGCAGAAAUCUCCAGAAUCACCCUUUGAGAAAAAGACCAUUUCAAAUGAGCAGAAAUCUCCAGAAUCACCCUUUGAGAAAAAGACCAUGUCAAAUGAGCAGAAAUCUCCAGAAUCACCCUUUGAGAAUACGACCAUGUCAAAUGAGCAGAAAUCUCCAGAAUCACCCUUUGAGAAUACGACCAUGUCAAAUGAGAAGGAAUCUCCAGAAUCACCCUUUGAGAAUACGACCAUGUCAAAUGAGAAGGAAUCUCCAGAAUCACCCUUUCAAAAAAGGACCAUGUCAAAUGAGAAGGAAUCUCCAGAAUCACCCUUUGAAGUGCUUGGAGAGGAAAAGCAUGGAAGUGACUUUGAGGACACCGCUGACUGGAUGAGAGCUCACUUACCGCCAGCACCAAAUUUCAACAUUAAAGAUCCUGAUCUUGAUGAGGGAAAUUAUUUUCCUUUGCUGCAAGAGAGCCCAUCCAAAGUGAUGAUACCAAACCGUGUUGAUACAACAGAAGUUCCAGAAACUUUUGCAGGAGUUCCUGAUCAGUUUAUGGACAGUCCUAUCAAAGAGGCAGAUGACAUCAAUCAGUCGAAGGAUGAUGACAACAAGCAGUCAAAACAAGAGAGUGUUGAGGACGAUUCUGAAUUUGACCAGAACUUUUUACCAACAGCCUAUAUGUGGGACAAAAAAGAGAAAGCCGAUAUGGGCACUCAAGGCUAUCAGAUAUUCCCUGACAGUCAAGAGCUUCCUUCCUCUCCUGCUGCUCCUGCAGAUUUUGAGUCACCAUCACCCCCAGUAUCCCAACAGAUAGAGCCUAGUUCUGCAGAACAUUCCAAUAUUUCGAAGGGAAACUUGGAGCCUGCUGAAAUCCAGGAGAUAGACAGUUCUGGGGAGUCAGAUGAUACAGUGAUUGAAGAAACCAUGAGCAUCCCAACAGUGGGAAAUAAUGGCCUUGACACCGAAACCCACAAGGAAGAGGAGACCAUUCCAAACAAUGAAAAACAGCCAAUACAGGUACCUAUUAUUAACGUUAUUGAAACCGAGGAGCAAGUUUUAAGUGAUGAUGAAGAACCAUUUGAGGUGGAAGGAGAGGUGGAGGAGGAGAAUGAAGAGUGUCAGAUAUUGCAAGGUGAAGGCAAAAGGUCAUCCGACCUACAUGACUCAGAGGUUCAAGAAAAAGUAUCUGUGGAAACUCUACACGGUGAGCAUAAACCUGACCAUGGCAUUUCCUCUCAGACAAAUCAAACCAGCUCUGAUUCAGAGCAAUCUCCUGAGCACAAGGUGAUUGAAGAUGAUUAUGAAAGUGGCAUUUUUCUCCAGUCCUCUCCAGACUCUGGAGGCUUAAAUUUAGAGGACUCUCAAGAGCUUAUAUCUCAGAAUUUGGUGUCCUUUGAACCCCUUAAAGAGUCAUCCCUGGAAAAAGACAAGACAGCAGAAAUACUUUCUGACCUUCCCCCUGACAUCAGUUCCCCCUCAAAUGAGCCCAGUGAUGUAGAGACUUACCUGGAUCAUUAUGCCAGUGAAGAGCUUGCUUUAAAAGACCAGCUGAAUUCGUCUUAUUUUAAGGAGAGCAAAGGUGAGAAAAUAGAACUUCCAAAGACAAGCUGCCUUCCAGAUAAUAAAAAUGUUCAAGAAUCCUUUGGACAUAUUACUGAUGAUUUCAACAAGACACUCAACAAAUGCAGGCUAGACUAUGAAUCUGUGCCUGAACUUUCCAUAUCUGACCUUUCAUCUGAUAUUCCUGAUGAUAUUGAGAUUACUCUCCCUCAAAACAAAAUGCCGAGUGUUGAAUCAGAACAAAUUACUGAUGAUUUCAACGAGACACUCAACAAAUGCAGGCUAGACUAUGAAUCUGUGCCUGAACUUUCCAUAUCUGACCUUUCAUCUGAUAUUCCUGAUGAUAUUGAAAUUACUCUCCCUCAAAACAAAAUACAGAGUGUUGACUCAGAACAAAUUACUGAUGAUUUCAACGAGACACGCAACGAAUGCAGGCUAGACUAUGAAUCUGUGCCUGAGCCUUCUCUAUCUGUCCUUUCAUCCGAUAUUCCUGCCGAUAUUAAGAUUACUCUCCCUCAGAACAAAAUGCCAAGUAUUGAUUCAGAAGAUCAAAAGUCAGCAGUAGAAAUCAAGGAUUCAACCUUGCAGGAACAGGAGGAAUUGCCAGUCCAGUCAAUUGAUCAACAACCACCAGUUCAAGAGAACCCACCUACACCAUUUCACUCUUUUUACAAUGAGCAGUCUAGCAAAAUUAUUGACGAUAUUCCUGGCCCUAUGGCAAAUGAGGUAACUGAGGGAUCAGUGAUAACUAAGUCUGAACCACGAGUGGUGACCACAGAAGAUCUUUUAGAUAGACCGGAUUCGCCAGAGACCCUGAGUGAUUCAGAGACGAUUGAAGCAGAAUGUUCAGUAACAGCUGCGACUGAUAGUUUCGUGGAGUUCAUGAGGGAGUGUCUUAAGUCACGGCAGGACGAGGAACCUGAAGUUCUCAGUCCUGGACGAAAAACUAUAGACCAGAAUCCCAAAUCUGAUGCUUCUGCUUCCACUCAAUCCUCCCCAGCAAUGAUUAUGGACUUCGAGCAAGAGCGCCUCACAAUUUCUGCUUUGAAAGAGCUCGGGAGCAGCCAAGAGGAGGAAGACGAGAAUAUUUCCACUAUGAAGACUGUCCUAAAGCCUGAUAAAGCUCCAAAUCCUACACCAAGUGCUGAGGUCUCCGUCACCUCAUCUUCUCACACUCCUCAAAACGAGUAUCAGCCUGAUGCCUUACUUCCCAAAGAGGUAGAGGCAAUCGACAUUUGGGUAGCAGAGGCCUACCACCUUGCAGAGCAUGUCUUGACAGCAAUACUAACCCACCUUACAGUGACUGACCUGGUGCACUGGCGGGACCCUAAGAAGUCAGGUGUGGUGUUUGGAGUGUCGCUGCUGCUGCUGCUUUCUCUGGCAGCGUUUAGCGUGAUCAGCGUGGUCUCCUACCUGCUACUGGCCCUUCUCUGUGUCACCAUCUCUUUCCGCAUCUACAAGUCUGUCAUCCAGGCUGUGCAGAAGUCCAAUGAAGGACACCCCUUCAAGGCUCUGAUGGAGAAAGAUGUCACCGUGCCCCCCGAGACCUUCCGCAAGCACGUGGACGUCUGUCUCACCCACGUCAACCGUGCACUCAAGCAGAUGAGCCGCCUCUUUCUGGUCGAGGAUCUGGUGGAUUCCCUCAAGCUGGCAGUGGUUAUGUGGCUGAUGACAUAUGUUGGAGCGGUCUUCAAUGGCAUCACUAUACUCAUCCUCGCCGACAUCCUGCUCUUCAGUGUACCGCCCAUCUAUGAGAAAAACAAGACCCAGAUUGACCAUUACAUUGACAUUGCACGCACUCAAGUCAACAAUACAAUUGCCAAGCUACAAGAGAAACUCCCGGGAUCGCUGAAGCGCUGUAAAGCAGAAUGAUCCUCCUCUCCGAUCCCUCGUUACCAUGUUUACCAUCCUUCUAUCUUUAGCUGCCUCCCCUUACCCUAAGCCCCGCCCCCAUUCCUAUUUUUCCCUGUUUAACCCCACACCUUAAAACAACCAUCUGCACUGAACCAGCUAGUAUGUAAAAUCUAAAAAGCUUCUUGAUAUUCAAUGUUAACUCUGCAGCUUAUUAAUGAGCAUUAAGAAAAGAAGCUUGGGGCACCAGAAGCUGGUGUUUUUCAACACAAAAAGUGAUGUAAUGCUACUGGAUGCCCAUUGUGAUGGCCAGUGCACGGAAGGAUUUGUGAACUAGACUGAACUUCUUAUGACCUGGUUUUGAGCGUUGGGAUGGGUGGUGCUGUAGUAAUGAAUUAAGACAGGUGUUUGACUCAAAAGCGAAUGUCUGUACUUUAAAAAAAUGAACAUUUCACUAAAAAAUGCUGACAAAAAAAAAAAAACAUACUUUACCCCCUUUUCUUUCUUUGAAAAAUGUGUUUGUAUUCAUCUGAAAUGCACUGAACAUUAUUAGAUUGCAUGUUUUGAUCAGUCAGGAUGGAUCGGGACGCUAGCAGCAGUGAUGAUUCGGUCUAGUUCACUAUCCUCCCUGUUAUUGGUGCAGUUUUUUAAUUUUGUGUAUGUGUAUAUAUAGUUUGAUUACGACGGGCUCUUUGCUGUGAAGUAGUUAGUGUUGCUUUUUAUAUUUAAAAAUCAAAUAUACAGCUCUUGUAUGUCUCUUUCGCACCUCUUGCACUUAGUCAUCUGAGUUGAGUUCACAUGUAAGUGUUAUUGUUAUUACUCUUCAAAUAAUAGUUAUUAUAUUAUAUCUUGAUUAGGAUGGCUGCUUUAAAUCCCCUUUCUGACAUUGGCUGUGCAACAAAUAUUAAUAACCUUAAGAUUGAGUUAUGUAUAGGAUCGUCAGAGCACCAGAAUAUAGGAGAGAAAGGCAAUAAUUUUCUGCUUUAUGUGAAGUUGGCCCCACAAGUCAUCGAUUUUCAUUGAAACAGGGCCAGUGCCCAUCAUUCAUGUCAUUUAGAAAGCUAAAACUGUUUUUUUCUCAGCAUUUCGGGGCAUCGUUUACCACCUUGGGCACUGAAGAAGUUUAAAUAUUUAAUAAGGCUACAAAGAACUAUUAUUUUAGCUGGAUAAUUAUACUUACUAAUAUGUGGUAACACUGUUUUUCCUUAAGUCGAAACUCCACUGCAAGCACUGUUGGCUAUUAGGAGACAACUACAAGGCUGAGUUUAAUUCUGAAAGGGAAGGGUAACAUAAUGAAAAUAGUAAAAAUGGUUUCAGGUGGGCUGAAAUAUUUAAAAGCAAUGCCAGUCCACACAAAAACUACUCCAAUGCAUAUAUGCACACAGUCACAACACGAUAAAUGUCUCGUCUACCAUAUAUCAAUAGUCACAUUCACAUAGUUGUCUUUGUCACUACGUAGUCUGUCAUAUCCUGAUGGUUUUGUGUCCUUCGCUUAACAUUCCAGCUGAUGCAGUUGGAAGCAUGUUAACAUUGGAAAUUUGUUUAGAAGAGCAUCGAAAAUGAUUAAUACUAACAAGUUCCAUCACAUUUUAAAAGUCUGUUUUGUGAUUUUUAUGGCCCCUUUCUUAUAUACUUUGAUUUGCUAUUGAUUCCAUGAAUUUCUUCUUCUCUCUCUCACACCUUUUUGUGUUGUAUGCAUGUUUACACACAACCAGAUUCAGACGAAUGUGUCUUGUCAUUGUGCUGCUUAACUAGCAUGUUCUACAGGUGAGAUCACAUGUGCGGUGUUGCUUUCGAAGAACAGGUCAAGCUCGGACAGUUUGUAUUGCCACAUUGUUUUCAGUUUAAGGGUAAAUUAUGACUAUAUAACUUCUUUUUUAAUAGAUGCAGGCCUCUCUGUUUAGGUUAUUAUCUGCUUUCUUCUCUUCUGAGGUUCAGUUUAAUAUUUGGGUAUUUUUAUAACUUAUUCCUGUAGUACUUUAGCAUGUUUGCGGUUUCUUCUUUCCUGUGUUUCUCUCUGAGAAGGGUUGACGGAGGUCACAUUCUUUUUUCUUUUGACUCUUGAAGACUAGAUGUGGUGACUAACAUCUAAAUUCAGUCUGUUAGUUUUGAAUUAAGUUAAUAUGUGGGGAGGGAGAUGCAAACAGGAAAACUUGUGCUCCCUGUAAUGAUGUCAAAGUGAACUUAAUAAAAAUGACAAAAGCA